UCCCGUUCGCUCGCGCUGCUCUGCUAGGCCCGGCUCGCGUCCGCCACCGCCGGAGCCCGCCGCCGAUGGGCACGCCGCAGCGCCCGCGCCCGCGGCAGCUGGCGCGCACCAACGCCAUGCGGAACUCCUCCUACACCGCGGACGCCGGCGCCGACGGGGACGGCGACCUCGCGGCCUACGGCGGCAUCCAGCUCAGCGUCGACCGCGCGGCCCGCGCCUCCCCUGGCGCCAGGGCCGGGUACGCGUCGCAGACCAGCUUCCGCAUCCACGGCGGCCGCGGGGGCGGGGAGGAGGUCGCCGAGCUCUUCCGCCAGCUCGGCCUCUCGGGCCCCGAGGACUUCGCCAUCCCGCCGGCCGUCUACGCCGCCGCCAACGCCGCCCGCCGCCGCGCCUCGCUCGAGGAGUCGUCCCCUGCGGCGUCGCCGUCGGGGGUUCCUGAAAUUUCGGGACGCCACGUUAUCGUCGCCUCUAGGUUGCAGCCAGCCGGCGACGGGGAGGAAGCUGGGUUAGCCACCGAAUUGGUCCAAUCGGAGAGUAUACAAGUUUCAGCAAAAGCAUAUCAACGACCAUGGGCUGAAUCCAAAGCCAUGUUGGUCGAAUCAGAGAGAGUGGAAACCUCUACACGAGAGGUCGCUGCUGUGUCUGAGCCGGAGAAUGCAGGUGAAGAGAAGGGGGGUGACAAAUUGGCCAAAGUGGAAACACUACGAGAGGAGAGGACAAGAGAAGUGGUUGUGGAGGCCACAAGGGAUGCUACUGGUGGUGCCCUGGCUCUCGUUGUUGCAGAGUCCACCUCAUGUGACAUUGAGCAUUUGGUCUCGCCGUCGCCGAAUAGGCGGUUUAGGAGAACCAUCACAUCCUGGAUCAAGGGAGGGCAUAUCGGAAGCGGAUCGUUCGGGUCAGUCUACGAGGCGAUCAGCGAUGAUGGGUUUUUCUUUGCUGUCAAAGAAGUGUCAUUGAUUGACCAAGGAAUCAAUGCAAAACAGCGCAUCGUCCAGCUUGAGCAUGAGGUAUCCCUCUUGAGUCGUUUGGAGCAUGACAAUAUUGUUCAGUAUUAUGGAACAGACAAGGAAGAUGGCAAAUUGUAUAUUUUUCUUGAACUUGUGACCCAAGGAUCUUUGGCAGCUUUAUAUCAAAAAUAUUGUUUACAAGAUUCACAAGUAUCAGCAUAUACAAGGCAGAUUUUGAAUGGUUUGAACUAUCUACAUCAGCGAAAUGUGCUGCACAGGGACAUCAAAUGUGCAAAUAUUCUAGUUGAUGCAAAUGGUUUGGUCAAAUUGGCAGAUUUCGGGCUUGCGAAGGAGAUGUCAAUUUUGAGCCAGGCAAGAUCUAGCAAGGGAACUGUUUUCUGGAUGGCCCCUGAGGUUGCUAAGGCUAAGCCACAUGGACCUCCAGCAGAUAUAUGGAGUCUUGGCUGCACAGUUUUGGAGAUGCUGACCGGCAAAGUUCCAUACCCUGAUAUGGAAUGGACACAUGCUUUGCUCAAAAUUGGUAGGGGAAUACCACCAAAAAUUCCAAAUACGUUAUCAGAAGAUGCCCGGGAUUUCAUAGCAAAGUGUGUUCAAGCAAACCAAAAGGACCGGCCAUCUGCUGCUCAGCUGUUGGAGCACCCUUUUGUGAAGAGACCACUGCAACAUUAAGGCGUGCGAUGUACAUAUUGCUAACACAUUUGCUUGUACAUAAGCUGGUUUUAAUUUCGCAUGUGGAAAGGUGUGGGUGAUACCGAGGAGUGAAGAUGAUCCUACAGCCCAAAAGUGUUCCUUGUUCACGCUCCCGCUUUAAUUGUUUCCCGGAGAUUUCAACAUUGAGAUAGCUAGCUUCCAACACGAGGAGCACCUAUCGGCAUUCAGUUGAAGGUAGCUCUGCAAUAUGAGUGAGAUUUGUUUCUCAUGGAGCCCGUAGCCUAGUCUGGGAGUGUGGAAUGACAGAUGUGCAGUGUGGAGUGCGAAGUGCUCACACAACAGUUCACUUUCCGACCGCGUUUACAUACCUUUACAGUUCACAUGCUGUUGCCAAUGCAAACUGAUCGUAUUGUCCAUGUUGUUGACUACUCCCUCCGUAAUAAGUGCCGCAUGCCGUGGUUUUAGUUCAAAUUUGAACUAAAACCACGGCACGCGUCACUUGUGUUUGGAACGGGGGGAAUAUUUGACUCUGACCUUGCUCCAUACCUGUACAGUUUAGUUCCUAUGGAAUACAAUCUGUUUCUACCAUAGAAGGUCCAGAAUUUCAGUGUAUAUGUCAUAUACCACCAGAUGCGCAUACGCAGCCAUGCAUGUUGAUUUUCUUAGAAGAUCUGCAGUGCUACUUCUGGCCUGCUCAUCAAAGAUUCAUCUCAUCACCUAUUGUAUAUUUGUAUUACUGUACAUGUUGGAUCCUUUUCAGUUUUCAUGAUACUGUACAUGCAACUGGAGUAACAAUGAGAGACCAAAGAACUGAAGAUACAGCAAAUUUCUAAUCUACUGUUGGUUCUUUUCCUCU